GGGCCAUCUCCGGGAACACCCCUCCCAGCCCGAGUGACCGACCAGGCGCCCUCCGGGUUCGGGAGCCGCGGGGCCGAACGAUCCGGGGCAGGGCUCGCCUCGCCAGUGACAUCACUCCAGAAGCUACUCUCCGCUCUCGGCGCCUGCCUUCGCGAGGCGUCAGUCCGUUUGUCCGUUCCCUUCCGUCCACUGCAGGAAAGGAGGGCUUCGUCGCCGAGCAGGGACAGAGCCGGGCACCGAGGAAACGCCGGACCUGGAGGAGGAGGGAGAGUGAAGGCAGCGAGGGAAGGAGGACCCCGGCAGGCGACAGCAUGAAAUUCAGCCCAGCACACUAUUUGCUGCCUCUCCUGCCCGCGCUGGUCCUCAGCACCAGACAGAACUAUCACGAACUAGAAAGGAAGCUAAAGGAAAUUGCUAAGGAGAGAAGCAUCAUGCUCCAUCAGAUGGCAAAAAAUUCAAGAGAACUCGUUGGAAUUAAAAGCAACCUUCAAUCUUUGAAAAAUGAUGAAAAAAAUGCCAAAGACAAUGUUCAGAAGCUCCUGCUGAUAGGGACCGAACAAAGAGAACAGUUGAAGUCUCUCCAUGAAACCCUGCAUAUUCAACUUAAAGAGGCAACUGAUAAAGUAGAAAAGCAACAAACUACUAUCGUUUUUUUAAAGUCUGAAUUGGAAAGGAAGAACAAAAUGAUCCGAGAUCUCCAAAAUGAGAAUAAAAGUCUGAAAAACAAACUCUUGGCAGGAAACAAGCUGUGUGGCAUCCAUGCAGAAGAGGCAAAAAAAAUUCAAGCCCAGCUGAAGGAUAUUCAUUAUGGGAAGAAGGAUUUAUUACUUAAGGCCCAACUGCUUACUGAACUGGAACAGAAAUUAGUUGUAGCCAGAAAUGAAUUAGAAAAAGCAGCUCUUGACAGGGAGUCACAGAUGAAAGCAAUGAAAGAGACUAUUCGACUCUGCCUGUCAACUGUCUUUAACCACAAUUCACCUACUGAUGUUAAUAUACCUCAAAUAAAUCCAACUCUGAUGGCACUUUCAAAUGCACCUACUGUCCCUGUGAACCCACAGGAACAGACACAGCCGCAGAUAAAAAUCCCUGAUGCACCAACUUUGCCUGGACAGAAUGACAGCAUUCAAUAUAAGUCAAGCAUUGGAGAAAAUAUAACAGUCCCUGCCUGUAAUCCUAAUGUAAGAAAAUAA